ACCAGUCCUGGGACUCAGGAACUAUUUCUGAGCUUCUUCAGCAUCUCAGUGUAGGAGGCGGUGCGCUGGACUCGGACCCACCGCAGUCUCGUGAAAACACUCCCUCGUCUUUUCCUCGUUCCUUCUUUUUCCUCUCCAUCACUUGGCAGGGUAGGCGGUGUGAGAGCAUCCUCCUCCCCCCCGACUGGGUACCGGCCGGUCCCUCGUGGCAGGCAGCAGGGCUACUGCAGCGCAGCGCACCGGAGCGGAGCCAGAGGAGACAACCUUAGAGGAGACGAGGAGGAGGAGGAGGACGGACAGACUGUCUCCCCUCCGACUGGUGGGAUUAAACUCUGCAGCAUCCCGUCGCGUCAACAUGCCUUUGGGGAGUAAAAGCAUCGCCGGGAUUACUGCGCUGAUCGGCUCGCUGCUGCUUGGCUCCUGUGGGACAGGUGGAGAAGAGGUAUGUGACAGCCCACUGGUGGCCAAUCUGCCGCCGUCAUCAUUCAGGAGCUCCUCCCAGCUAACCAGCAGCCAUGGGCCGGUCUUUGCUAAGGUCAACAGGAGAGAAGGAGCUGGAGGUUGGUCGCCUGUCGUGUCAGACAGAUACCAGUGGUUGGAGGUGGAUCUGGGGAGGCGGACCCAGAUCACUGCUGUUGCUACACAGGGACGCUACGGCAGCUCUGAUUGGCUGACGGCUUACCUCUUGAUGUUCAGCGACACAGGACACAACUGGAGACUACACCGGCAGGAAGACAGCUUAGGGGCUUUUCCUGGUAACAGUAAUGCAGACACUGUGGUCCAGUACAAACUUGAGCAGCCGGUGAUAGCUCGCUUCCUCCGCUUGAUUCCACUGGACUGGAACCCUACUGGGAGGAUUGGACUCAGACUGGAGACGUAUGGAUGUCGAUAUACUUCUGACGUGGCCAAUUUCGACGGCAGCAGCAGCCUGGUCUACAGGCGGAUUAUGAGGCCAAGCUCGACGUCAAUGGAGGUCGUCUCUCUGAAGUUUAAAACCCUGAAGAAUUCUGGCACGCUGCUCCAUGCAGAGGGACAGAGAGACCACAGCCUCACUCUGGUGUUGGAGAAGGGACGGCUGCUGCUCUACCACCAACAAGGUGUAAGUUCAACCUCUGGCGGGCAGCUUCUUGUUUCUGUGGGGAGUCUGCUGGAUGACCACCACUGGCAUCGUGUAAUGCUGGAGAGGCACACCACUUACCUCAACCUCACCGUGGAUAAAAACACUCAUCAGGUUGACAUACCAGCUGAGCUCAGCCACUGGGACAUUCACCAGCUAAGUCUGGGAGCCGUCCAGGGCCAUGGACUUCAGAAACCCAUCCUGUCCAAUAAGAACUUCCAUGGCUGCCUGGAAAACCUGCUCUACAACGACCUCAACCUGAUACACCUGGCUAAACACAAGAACCACCAGGUCUCUGUGGUGGGCAAUGUGACCUUUUCUUGUGCUGAGCAAGUAUCAGUCGCUGUGACGUUCACCGACUCCAAGAGCUCCCUGAUGUUGCCAGGACUGACAUCGUGGUCAUCAGGCGUAAUUUCAGUGGCGCUGCAGUUUCGCACGUGGAACAAGGCAGGGCUGCUCUUGACCUUUGACCUCCCGCAGGAAGAGGGUUCAGUCUGGCUGUACCUGAGUGAGGCCAGACUGCGCCUGCAGAUCACUAAAGCUGGCAGGGCUAAGUUGGAGCUCAGCGCAGGUUGGUCCAAUCGUGAUUUUGCAGGCUCAGGACUGAAUGACGGUCAGUGGCAUUCUGUGGCGCUGACCUCCAGGCAAGACCAUCUGAGCAUCACAGUGGACAAAGACGAAGGAGCCACCGCCCACUCCAGCAUCCCGCUUCUUCUAAGCCCAGAUAGUCAACUCUUCUUUGGUGGCUGCCAUGUUCAGGAGAGCAGACAGGAAUGUAGGAACCGCUUCAAAGUGUUUCAGGGUUGUAUGCAUCUCUUGACUCUGGAUGGUCAAACUGUUGACCUGAUCAAGGUGCAACAAAGGCUGCUGGGAAACUACAGCCACUUGCAGAUUGAUAUGUGCGGCAUCAUUGACAGGUGCUCCCCCAGUCACUGUAAACAUGGAGGUAGAUGUACUCAGUCAUGGAGCACCUUCCAUUGUAACUGCUCCAACAGCGGCUACAGAGGAGCCACCUGCCACAGCUCAAGAUAUGAACAGUCAUGUGAGGCAUACAAACACAAAGGCAACACAUCAGGACAUUAUCACAUAGAUGUGGACGGCAGUGGACCAAUCAAACCCCAGCUCGUCUACUGUAACAUGACAGAGGACAUGGCAUGGAUGGUGAUCCAGCACAAUAACACAGAACUGACCGGAGUGCAUUCGUUCCCCGACAGAAACCAACAUGUCACCCACUUUGACUACGCCUCUGAUGAGGAGCAAUUAGCAUCCAUCAUCAGCCAAUCGGAGCACUGCGAGCAGGAACUGUCCUACCACUGCAGGAAGUCCCGCCUCCUCAACACACCAGAGGGUACUCCUUUCACCUGGUGGGUUGGAGGUCCGGGUCCAGGUCAGGUCCAGACGUACUGGGGCGGGGCUCAGCCGGGCAGCCGGCAGUGUGCUUGUGCCCUGCAGGACAACUGUCUGGAUUCAAAUCACUUCUGCAACUGUGAUGCUGACCACGACCAAUGGGCUAAUGACUCAGGUUUGCUCACCCAUAAGGAGACCCUCCCAGUCAGGUCUCUGGUGCUGGGUGACAUCCAACGACCGGGGUCAGAGGCCGCCUACAGGGUGGGACCCCUCCGUUGUCAUGGAGACAAGAACUUUUGGAACGCUGCGUUUUUCGACAAAGAGACAUCUUACCUUCAUUUCCCCACCUUCCACGGAGAGCUUAAUGCAGACAUCUCCUUCCUGUUUAAAACAACGUCAUCCUCUGGGGUCUUCUUAGAAAAUCUGGGCAUCAAGGACUUCAUCCGGAUCGAACUCAGCUCUGCCUCAGAGGUUGUCUUCUCUUUUGAUGUGGGAAACGGGCAGCUGGAAGUGCGAGUGGAGACAAACAUCCCGCUGAACGACAACAGGUGGCACAGCGUGCGAGCCGAGCGAAAUGUGAAGGAAGCAUCCCUACGUGUCGACGAGUUCCCUGCCACCACGCAGGAGGCUCCUGCUGACGGACACAUUCAUCUGCAGCUUAACAGCCAGUUAUUCAUAGGAGGCACCGCGUCCAGACAAAAAGGCUUUCUGGGAUGCAUCCGCUCUCUGCAACUCAACGGGGUCACUCUGGACCUGGAGGAGAGGGCAAAGAUCACCCCAGGGGUCCGACCUGGAUGCCCAGGCCACUGUAGCAGCUACGGCUCACUCUGCCAGAACCAGGGUCGCUGUGUGGAGAGGGACAGUGGUUUCUCCUGCAACUGUGACCAGUCAGCCUACAUUGGAGCCUUCUGUCAUAAAGAGGUUUCAGCCAGCUUUAAGUCUUCAACAUCCGUCGCUUACAACCUCAAGGAGCCCUAUGAACUCAGCAGGAACAGCAGCGCCUUGCCUUCCUCCAUCUACUCUGAUGUGACACUGAGAGGAGAAAACAUCUCCCUGAGCUUCAGGACCACUCAGUACCCUGCUCUGCUGCUCUACGUUAACUCUUUCUACAGGGAGUAUCUGGCUCUGCUCAUCAACAAACAUGAUGAGCUGGAAUUGAGGUACAAGUUGCACAGCAGCGGUGACGUGGAGGUGCUAGGGAGCAGAGUCACAAACUUGGCUGAUGGACGUCUUCACAUGGUGAUCAUCCGGAGACAGGCAGACACAGUCUCUGUUCAGAUCGACCAGAAUACCAGAGAGGACUUCAACUUGACAUCGGAUGUGGAAUUUAACAGCAUCAAAUCCCUCAUUUUGGGCAGAGUGCCGGAGUCUGAUGAGUUAGAUGCAGAGCUGGCCGGCUUGGCCUCUCUCGGGUUCACCGGCUGUCUGUCAGGUGUUUGCUUUAACUCCAUCAGUCCUCUGAAAGCUGCUUUGCUGCACCCUGACAGCCCUGUUAUUGUCAGCGGCCCAUUGGUCCAGUCGAGCUGUGGCACCUCCUCUCCAGCCAAUCCCUAUGCGGCAGAAACCACCCACUCCUUAUCAGACCAAACUGGUCCUGUGGAUCCAGGUCAACCUUUAGUCAACGCCAUCAAGAGUGACUCAGCGCUAAUCGGAGGGGUGAUCGCCGUUGGGAUCUUUGUCACCGUGUCUGCAUUGGCGAUAAUGGCCAGAUUCAUUUGCAGCAGGAAAGAAACGUGUCAAAACCAGGAAGUCAAAGCAGCACAGCCCGAAGACAACCACGAGUUCCCCUUCAGUAGCCAGGCGGACUGUCUGAGUACUCCCAGUGAAAACCAAAAGGAGUUCUUCAUUUAGCAGGAGCCCCAACGUCCCACUGAUCUGACAGGACAGAGGGGCAUGAAUCACCAAGAGCUCAGUGUUCAACCCCCCACACACACACACGCACACAGCCCCAGAGCCACUGCUACCAGUGGAUCAAUAAGAUGUGAAGUCAAUAACAGACCAAAUUAUGAUUUUCUUUAGUUCCUUUGUGCUGUCAUUUUUAGGAUGUAAAUAUUUCAAAAUGGAAAUGGUAAUUUAUGUGCUUCUAACAAUAUUUCUCUGCCAUAUUGAAAACAGUUUAUCAAAAGUCAACAUGCAGAAGUGAUGUGUUGAUCAAAACACAACUUUGUUCCAUUUGAAAUAAACUUUUGGACUUGGUGUUAAUUUAUAAAAAAAGAAAAGCACUUUUUCUACGAGGAUGAUUAACCUUCUGUUAAAUUUGAGAUUUUAGAGCCAUACAGUAUGUGUCAAAAUAGGACAGAAAUGACUGGAGGACUGACACGCGUGUUUCAGUGCUCUGCCAAAGCAGAUUCUCAGAAUUAACUAUAAUCCAUACGGUUUAAUAAGUGAUCAGAAUUUGAACACCUGCUGUAUAUAGGAAUACAAAAUGAAAGUCACUCUGAAAAGGUAUUGUCCCCACUUUGUCUUUGAGUUAGUCAGAAAAUGUGUAUGUUUCUCGCUGAGCUUUUCUUUAUAUCAUGAGAACAAUAAAAACUUUACAACAAGCCUUUUGUAUUUUUACUUAUUGCUUGCACCACCAACAGUGAACAGCCAACACCAAAAUCCCUCUCUUUCAACAGUGAAACUUAAAGCAGCAUGGGUUAUAAAACACUGACGAUGUCACUUUCUUCUCUCUGCAGACAUUUAAUGUGUUUUUGCUAAAGCACUAAUCUGUGUUUUCCUGACAGACUAAGAUCAUCAUAAAUAGAAAGAAAUGAGAAGCUGACAAUGAUAUAUAAAUGAUGUAAUGAAAACCAGCCAUCAAAAUAUUAAUAUUGAAUACAGCCAUGUCUUUGCAAUAUUUUGACUCAUGGGUAGGACUUUACUUUUAGGAAAACACUUCCCCCCAUUCUUAGUAUAGCUUCAGGCCCAAUGAUUUUACCUUAUUAAAGCUAAGUUUUUGAUCACUGUCUCUCUUACCCAGCUCUGUCUUCAAGAUGUUUUUAUGGUUUUUCACAUAACAAAUGUCUCUUUUGAUACUCACAGAAUAUUGAGCAUAGAAUAAUCCUACGCAAUAAUGAUACACAGUUCUUGAAAGCAUUUGCUCUUCUGAACACCUGCUGUUUGGAAGCCCUUCCGUUGAAAAUGCCUGUGGAAAAAAAAUAGC